GAUUCUUGCCACCAGAGAGAGUAGGUAUCGUGGGCACUACCACCGCUCCAUCUUUUCCGUCAAGUUAACACAGCUAACGCCGAAGAGACGGCAGUGACGAGAAGAAGAAGAAGAAGAAGAAGAAGAAGAAGGAAAGGCACUGAAACCACGCGCACACAGACACUAAGAGUAAGAAACCGAAGACCAUACACCAGCGACGAGACGACCACGGACAUAAAACCUACGCUCAAGACAUUUUGGGAGUUGAGACAAAUGAACAACCGACACCCCCUCUCCUGAGUCCUGCCUCUACAGCCUAUAGGCUACGCCCUCAUCCCCACAUCCGCAGUCUACAGUCCCCUCCAUCACCACCCACUCACCUCCCGCCACCCUACCCAACCCUACCCAUCCCACAACCACAAGCAUAAUACCGCAUGAGCUAUUUCCCCCCACCCGCCCUUCAUCCACCACAAAAACAAAACAAAACAAAACAAACAAGCAAACAACCCCCCUCCCCCGCCCUCUACCCUCACAAUGCAAAGCCAAAGCCAACCAACAAGGCGGUAAAGCCCCAAGCUCAUCAAGGGAGCAGGGCUCACAUCCCGCAUCCCGCGGGGCUGAGCAGCAGCAGCGGCGGCUCUAACUAUAGGUAACUACUAGCUACGCACGCACUGUACGCUACACGCACGCCCGGGCGGCACAGCCGACAGGCACAGCCGACAGGCGCGGCU